GUGGAUAUGAGCAAAGUUAAGCUGGAUGUUAUUAAACCAUGGAUAACUACAAAGAUUACCCAGAUUUUAGGCAUGGAAGAUGAUGUAGUGGUAGAAUUUGUAUAUAAUCAACUGGAAGAAAAGUAUAAGUAGAGACCGUUGGUGGGGCUCAACCCUAUUGUCCAAAUGGCAUUCGGAUGUGCUCCUCUCUACAUCCGAUUGGCCGCCUUUCUAUCAGCCGUCAACGCUAGCUGAUGCCAGCUGGUAUGUCAACGUCAUCUUAGAACACUGCUGAAACUUCAACCUCAGCACUUCGUCCAGCUCCGACUCAUCGUCAUCGAAGGAACGGCGUGUUCGCAAAAAUAUCGUCGCAUCGUCCUGUUCCUGGUCUUCUCACCUUUAUAUGGAGCUCUGCCUCGGCCUUCUACCAUUCUGCAGUUGUCUUCGUUGCUGCAACUACGUCAUCUACUAGCUGCACUAAGCAUCGUCUUCGCCAACCCGUGACUGCCUCGUUCGAGGUGGUUUCGCUCCAAAUUACAACUGCGAAAGCUUUGCUGCGGCUUUCAACCGUUGGAUGUCUACCAAUAAUCGGCACUUCAAACUGGAGCGGAAGGAAAUCAUCGCACUCCCUAUCCAGAUGCUGUGGUCUUCUUACACAAGGACAAUCGACACACAUGGCGGAUUCUCCCGAGAUGCAGGUUCUUUCAUUCUCCGUGCCUCCCAGCCCCAUCCUGAGAGAUCGAGGAUCGUUACAUCGUGCAGGUCUGUUCUCCAGUUAAUGAUUCUCCAGACAUUCCGUCAAUCCCAGAUGCGAUUGGCGAUCGUGGGCGAUGCCGGAGGUAUCUCUACUCGGUUUGCCACUCUUUGUCAAUAUCACAGGUUGGUGGAACGGUGUUCCUUCUAUUCCAAAUUAAUCCUUUCAUUUUCAGCUAACAUUUUUAACAUAUAUUUGCAAAUCCUAUUUCAGCAUCUACUUUAGCAGUGUUAUUAAAUUGAGAAGGUAUCUAUGUAUCUGUGCUACGUGUGCGUUUAUCGAUGAGUAUAUUUUGUUCUUAGCAUAUUGCAUAUAAGUGCAGCCGUGAAACGAGCAGUUUACUGUUGACGGUAAGGUAUAUUAGAAAUAUAAGAAAUGUAUCUGCUUUUUCGAGGGGGAAAAGCAGUUAGUAUCGACGUAGGGAGAUGGACAUUAUAAUGUUUACUCUCGUGCCAAAAUUGCAUAGAACUGAACUUAAAAUUCUCUAUUGUGAUAAUAUAUAAUAAUAUAUACAGAAAAAUAAAAAACGAUAUUGUAUAUUUCACAGUUUCCUGAUCCCCGAAAAAUGCAGAUCAACCUCACUGGCUUUCUGAAUGGAAGAAAUGCUCGAUCUUUCAUGGGUGAACUAUGGGACCUCUUGGUCUCUGCUCAAGAAAGUGUAACGGGCAUUCCAGAGGCUUUCUUGCAACAAAAGAAAGAUCAAAUAAAAAAGCGUUUGGAAGAGCAGGAGAAACUCCAAGCUUCUUUGGCGGAGAAAGAAAAGGAAAAGGAAAGAGAGAAAGAAAAAGAUGAAGCCGAAAGCAAGAUAAAAAAAGAAGAGAAAGAACGUGGUUCUUCGAAGGAGCGUCGAAGAGAUCGAAGUAGAGAUCGUGAUAGAGACAGAAAAAGAAGUCGAUCGAGAGAUCGACACAGGGAUCGUGACAGAUCGAGCCGCAAAAGACGAUCUUCUUCAAGAUCGCCUAGUAAAAAUUCGCUUAAAGACAACGGAAAAGAUAUGACUGAAAUUAAAGUCGAACGAGAAGAUUCGCCACAACCUGAAAAUGCUAUACCGCUCAUGCCAGUUAAGACAAAACCGGAAGCCGCUGUUGCGAUAUCGCGAUUACAAGCUAAAUUAAUGAGCAUUGCUGAUGGGAAAAAGAAAAACAAUCGUACUCCAUCUCCUGAAUCAUUAGAAAAAGCAAAAAAAUCUAGAUCUAGAUCAAAAUCACCUAUAAGCCGCUCCAAAAAAUCUAGAUCCAAAUCGCCCAGUCGAGAUUCAAAAACACGUCGUUCUCGAUCACCGGCAUCUAAGUCGAGGCGAUCAAGAUCUAAGUCAAGAUCAAGACGAUCUAGGUCUAGGUCAAAGUCUAGAAGAUCCAAAUCCAGGUCGCAAGAUCGCUCGAAAUCGAGACGUACAAAGUCCAAGUCUCCAAGAUCGCAUUCGAGAUCUCGUUCACGAUCUAAAAAAUCAAGAUCGAAAAGCAUUGAUAGAAGUAAGUCUAGAAAAUCGAGAUCCGAUUCAAGCGAUUCAAGAUCAUCAAAAUCUCGUUCGAAGUCACCGGAUAAGAGAAAGGAUACUCUCGAUUCCAACAGGAAACGAGAUGCAAGUACAAGCAGUAGCACCGAAUCAGAAGAAGAAAAAGGAGCGAAAGAUAAAAAUGACUUCGAAAUUAGAAAGAAGAAAGAUGGAGUUCAGGCAAAGAGAUCAUAUAGGAAAACAAAUAAGGAUGACAGUGGUAGUGACAGUGACUCGAGUCGAGAAAGGAAAUCAGUUCCUAAGCGAAGGAGUCCAACGCCACGAAAAGAUAGAGGUCGAUCAAAGGACAGAGAUAGAUCGCGAGAUAGAUCACGCGAUAGAUCACGGGAUAGGUCUCGGGAUAGAUCUCGAGAUAGGAAUAGAAGAAGAUCCAUAGACAGAGAACGUGAAAGAAGAAGAGAACGGGAGCGAGAAAGGGAACGGGAGAGAUUGGAUAGAUACAGCGGCAGUCGCAGCAUGCGACCUCCAUCUGUGCGCAGAGCACCUAGUAGACGCAGAAGCCCUCCUCGGAGAAGCCCGGCACGAUAUCGUCGCAGAUCACCAAGUCCCGGAGAUAGGCGCCGAAGAAGAUCUCUCGAUCGAAGACGAAGAUCAUCGGAAAGAAGAGACAGACGUCGAUCUCCGGAUCGUCGUGAUAGCAGACGUCGUUCGCCAGACGGACGGGACCGAUCCCUCAGGUACGAUAGAUCUUCCUCUCGUGACAGAUCGAGUAGGCGAGACCGUUCCAGAGACAGGGACAGAAGGGAUAGAGAUAGAAGAUCUAGAUCUAGGGAUCGUAGGUCUAGAUCAAAAGAUCAAAGAUCAUCGGUGGAUCAUUCGAGAGAUGGAAAACGAUCUCCCGAUCGCUCAAGAGAUGCUAAGGAGAAGACAAAGGACAAGAAAGUGGAUGAAAAAAUUAAAAGAUCAACUGAUACGGGAUCGCGAAAAGAAUUACGAAACGGAAGGUCUAAGUCAAGUAGCUCGGAAAGUAGCGAAAGUAGUUCCUCUAGCAAUGAGGAUGAAGUGACCAGAAAGUCACUAGAGCGGAAAUCGUCUCAAGAAAAACGAGAACGUGAGAGGGAUCGUGAACACGCAGAUGAGAAACGUAAAGAAAAGGAGAAGCCUAUCAAGGAGGAAUCCAUCAAACGACCAGAAAAGGACAUCAAGAAAGCUGAACCUGUGAACAUCAAGAAACCAGAUCUCAGCGUUUCUCCUAAAAAACUUCAAUCUGCUACGCUUCCUGUAACUAGACACAGGUUUUCGAAGAGUUUAUCUCGAACGCCGUCUCCGUUUAAAAAGACUGAAGACAUCAUAGCAGCAGUUAAAAUCAAACAACCAUCGAAAGAAGAUAACAAAGAGGGAUCACCAAAAGAAGAAUCAAGCUUUUCAUCUGCGGAUACGUUCCCGCUAAAAAAGGAUGAAAAAUCGAUCAAAUCAAUCAAAACUACAUCCGAGGACAAGAAAUCAGGUCAAAAAUCGUCAGAGCCAGUUCUCUUGAAAAAGCCAGCAGAAGUAAUAAAAAAAUCGAAGAGGGAAAAACGCGAUGGUUCUACAGAUUCAAAUGAUAGUGAAAGCGAAGGUAAGAAAAGAUCAAAAAAGUUAGAGAAGUCCAAGAAAUCCAGGAAAGCUUCCACGGAUGAAGAGAAGUCAGACAAAUGUGGUUCUAGUUCAGAUUCUGAAGAGGAAAGAAAGCACGCAGAGAAAACCAAAAAAAUUAGAGACUCGAAUCGAGGCGAUUCAUUAGAUGAACGUACAAAAGACAGAAAAGAUAGCAGAAAACGGGAAAUGAACGAGAACGAAUCUCGUAAGCGACCGAAAAAAGAGUUAGAAGAGGAAACGAAGAAAUCAAAAAGAUCUAGGAAAGAUUCCUCUUCGGGAGAUGAGGAACAGAAGAUAAAAAGAAAUAAAAGUGAAGACGAUAGGUCCAGAUUACGAAAAUCCAAAAAAGAUUCUAGUUCGGACGAUGAGCCGAAAAAGACACGAAAACGAAGAGACAGUUCUUCGGAAGAUGAAAAGUCAAGAACGAGGAAGUCAAGAAAGGAUUCUACGAGCGAAGACGAAGGGAAAGUACGUUUGAAAAAAUCUAAACGAGAUUCAAGUACAGAUGAUGAAGAGAUUGGAGAAAAAGAUGCAAAGAAAAAGAGAAAAGCGGAUGACAGUUCAGAUGAAGAAAAAGUGAAGAAAAAACGUAAGAAGAAGACUAAAACUAGCACUAGUGAAUCAGAGGAAAGUGAAGUAGAAGAAAAGAAAAAGAAGAAGGAUAAAAAGCACAAGAAACAUAAGAAGCAUAAGAAACAUAGAAAACAUAAAAAGAAGAAGGUUGCAGAUUCUGACGAAUCUGAUGUAAGUGAAGGUAAUACAGAAGAAUUAGAAAAAAAACUUCGCGAGAAAGCAUUAAAAUCGAUGAAGAAAGGACACAGCAUAGAAGGAAGUGAUUGAGGUGUUGUGUGAUUUAUCGAGGGUGUGUUACGUGUGUGUAUCUCUGUAUUACAAUGCACUUGCUCUGAUUGUAUCACGAAUACAUUUCUGUUUAUUAUUAUCGUUAAGUAGGAUUUUAUCGUGUCACACUUUUUGUGUAAAACAAGUCUGACGUUACUAAACAGAUCCAUCACUUAGAUGAAGAAAUCUAAUUUUUAUGACUCUAAAUAUUAAGAUUACGAAGUUGAAUACAAUAGCUGUUUUUUUUCUUAUUAGCGAACAAAAGUAGUUAUUAUUAUAGCAAUAAUAAUUUUUGUGCCACUUUAAUGUACGAUUUUUACAUCUUUUAAAGUUGACACAACUAAACAAAUACAUGGUUUUUGUAGUUUCUAAGUUUACAAGCUAAUUAUGAUUUUAUAGCGUAUUGAUGAAUUUAAUUUCUAAAUCUGAUUUGUGUAAAAAUAAUUUUUCAUUGAAUUAUCUAUUAUUAUGUCAGAAGCGUAAAUUGCGUCUUGGAAUAAAAUAUUAAUCUACUUUAUAAGGAAUCACGCCCUCUUGUUGACGUACUCAUUCACAUAAAUUAUAUAAUAAACUUUAUUCUACAAUUAUUGUAAAUUUAUUUAGAUUUAUGAAUUACUACUGGAUUUGUACGUGACAUGACUUUCACGUAUACUGUGUAGUAUUGAAAAUACAUGAUUUUCGAAAAAUU